GUAUCUUGUGAUUGAGAGUCUUAAGGUGUGAAAUUCCCUCUUGCGGUUGACCGGUAUAGCGGAAUUUAUGGAAAAUGACAAUUCUCCCCUGUUUAAGCAAUUAAUAAACCAAAACAAUCUUUUAUUACAGUCCUUGGGUUCGACCAGUUACCGGCCGUAAAUUGUUUUACAUUUCUCGUAACGAUACUCGGGGAAUGUUAUCCGUGACAACUGGUUAAUGGUAAACUAACUAACUAAAGUCGAACCGUGGUUAUUAGCAACUGAUAUUUAGAAAACCUUGUUGCAAAUGUAAAUAAACAUAAAAUACGCUAGUGAGUUUCUAAAAAAGCGUGAGAUGAGCAUUGAAUUGGGAUUUUUAGAAGAGUCCGAUUCAUGGAAACUGGAAAGUCGCCUUUUUCCUAGUAAAGUGGGAGGUAAACCAGCUUGGUUAAGCCUCGAAAAGCUUCCAAAAUUUGAAGACCUACAGUGCCCAGAAUGUAAAUGUAUUAUGAUAUUCUUAUGUCAGAUUUACGCUCCCUAUGAAAGGGAACUGAUAGAUGUUAAUACUUUGGCAAAUAAUUUUCAUAGGACCCUCUUUGUUUUUGUAUGUCGAAAUUCAUUGUGCUGUGAAAAUAACAACAGCAAAAACAUAAAAGUAUUUCGAAGCACAUUACCAAGAGACAAUAAGUUUUAUUCAUACAUCCCUCCUGAAGAAAAGCCUGAUGAAAGCUUUUCUCUAUUGAAAUGGGUCGAAUUGUGCAACAUUUGUGGUUGUUUUGCUGAGAAGAAAUGCAGCAAAUGUAAACAAGUUUAUUAUUGUUGUCGUGAACAUCAAAUAUGUGACUGGAAAGAAGGUCACAAGUUGUCAUGCUUGAAGGAUAUAACAACCCAAUAUAAGUCAAACAUGUUAUUCACUGAAUGGGAAGUUGCCACUAUUACUGAGGAGACUGAAACAAAAGUCAUUAAUGAAGGCGUUGAGCUAAAAAAAUUUGAUCGGAUGAAAGCUGAAGGAAGGACCGGUACAUUGGCAGGAGUAUCUGAAUAUGAGUUGGAUGCUCAUGUCAGUCAUAGCGAAGAUAAGAUAUUCUCAAACUUCAAGAAAAAGAUAUCUGAAUAUCCUGAUCAAGUUAUUCGCUACUGUCGAGGUGGUCAACCUUUAUUUAUUGCUAAAGAACCGGUGCCAGAUGCCAUUCCCAAUUGUGAAUAUUGUGGCGCCAAACGCCAAUUUGAGUUUCAAAUCAUGCCCCAGAUGAUCACACUUUUAAAAGAAGAUAGUGUAGAUUGGGGUAUUUUGCUGAUUUAUACCUGUCAGAAUAGUUGUAUAGGUGAUUCUUUGUACAGUUACAAAAAAGAAUUUGUAUUUAAACAAGACAUUUUGAAUGAACAAUAAUUAUAAAAAUUAGAUAUCUAUUGCAUUUUAUUGAAGUCUAAAAGUGAAGAAAUGUAAAU